AUGACACCGGAAUUGAGCGGCAGUCAUAAUUCAACCUCGCAUGGUUACUCCAGUGAAGCUGCGCCGCUGGAGGCAAUCCGGGCUGCCGAGUUUCUUCAUGACAACCCGCGGCUGUCGACAAAAUCCAACGACACCACAGUGCAAAGUUUCAGUUUCGUGAUAGACUCUGCCCUGUACAGUCAGCUGCAGCACUUCUGCACGGAGCACAACGUGACACAAUUCGCAGUGCUUCUCGCCACGUUUGGAAGCACGCAUCAUCGUCUCACUGGUAUCAGCACCGCCGAAAUUGGUGUGCGUAACCACAAUGCAGAUGUCAGGCGUGAUACUGUUGGCCAUUGUAACAGUGUCCAGCGUAUUGGAAUAACGGGUCAAGAAGCAUCUUUUGGGCAACUAUGUCAAGACAUCCAGUCGAGAACUACAGGUCUUGCUACCAGCCUCCCCGACAACAAUGCUUGUCAGUCCGAUCCAGAUAAAGAUCGGUGCGGCCUUCAAAGAAUCCGAACGAUCUUUGCCUUGCAUUCUUGUCAGCACCGCUCAGAGUCGCAUGAUGCAGGGAUUCCAAAUACGGGGUUUUCUCAGGCGACUUCGGAGUUUGAUAUCGAGUUUCACCUAUUCCAGGAAGGCCAACAACUGCGUGGUGACGUUUACUUCGCAGCGGACCUCUACUAUCUGAGAACGAUUGAAAACAUGACAGCAAUCUUCAAGACUCUACUUGAACAGGGGGUUCUGAGUCCAGAUACAAAGAUAGAUCUGCUGCCAUUGCUAGAUCUUGACAGCUACGCGGUACUUGAUCAGCUUGGGUUGAUUCAAAUUUGCCGGACAGACUAUCCUCGCGAUGCGAGCGUCGUCGACAUCUUCCGUCAGCAAGUUGCAUUAAAUCCCAACAAAACAGCUGUCAAGGAUUCCUUGACAUCGCUGAGUUAUAGCGAGUUGGAUUCCCAGUCUGAUCAACUGGCGUCCUGGAUAGUAAUGCGUGGCCUUUCGGCAGAAACACCAGUGGGCGUGUUUGCAAACCGGUCAUGUCAGACAAUCGUGGCCUUUUUUGGAAUUCUCAAAGCCAAUUUGGCUUAUAUGCCGCUGGAUGUAAGCUUGCCGUCAGACCGAAUCCGGUCUAUCCUAGCAUCAAUCAACGGUUAUAAGCUCAUUCUUCUUGGCGGCGACAUCCAAGCUCCAGUCCUGCCGCUAGAAGAUGUACAGUUUUUUUCGAUCGCAGAGGCUUUGCAAGUCCGACGUAAUUCCAAAAAUCUGUCGGUGCAACUUGCCGCGCCGUUGGCGACGGACCUGGCCUAUGUCAUGUUUACAUCCGGUUCCACGGGUCAACCAAAAGGUGUCAUGGUGGAGCAUCGCGGCAUUUCAAGACUUGUGAAGGAGAAUGAAAAAGUUAAAAGCCUGCCUGAUGAUUUAGUCAUGGCUCAUAUGGCAAAUAUUGCCUUUGAUGCGUCAACAUGGGAGAUAUAUUCUACGCUCUUGAACAGCGGAACGUUGAUCUGCAUCGACUCACUGACUGUGCUGGAUUGCCGGCCUCUGCGAAGAGUUUUAGCCAGAGAAAAUGUGCGCACCGCAUUUUUAACACCAGCUCUGUUUAAACAAUAUCUGCUUGAAUGCCCUUCAAUGCUUGAGAAGUUAGAGACUCUUGUUUUAGGAGGAGACAGAAUCGACCCCCAAGACGUGUUGAGGGCACGAGGCUUUAUGAAGGGCACAAUCAUUAACGGAUAUGGGCCUACGGAAAACACAGUCUGCAGUACAUUUUACUGCAUACCGAAAAGCGAAAUGUUUCCGAACGGCGUUCCUAUCGGCAGAGCCAUUGCUAACUCUGGUGCAUACGUUAUGGAUUCCACGCUACAACUGGUGCCCCUCGGGGUGAUAGGCGAGCUUGUCGUCACAGGAGAUGGGCUAGCAAGGGGUUACAUGGACACCAAAUUAAAUCAUCAACGGUUCGUCUCCGUCAUGAUUAAUGGAAAACCCGUUGAAGCAUAUCGAACGGGAGACCUUGCCCGCUAUAGGCCCUUUGACGGUCAGCUGGAGUUUUUCGGAAGAACAGAUGCACAGGCCAAGAUUCGGGGUCAUCGUGUAGAGCUCGGCGACGUUGAAAAUAUACUACGCAGUAUCAAUUCCGUCAAAGAUGCUGCCGUUGUGGUUCAACGUUCAGACUCCCAGGGUGCACAGCUCGUCGGUUUUGUCACUGUCUUUGAGACCGCAGAACAGACGGUGAGCUAUAUUGAGCAAGAUGGCAGCAAAAUCUGCUCCGUGGAAAAAGAUGGAAAUCAACAAAACCACGGUGUUGUUGUCCCAUUGUGUGAUGAGAGUCAGAUCGCAGAGCAACGAUCGCAACAGGGCAGAGCGAAAGCCGCUAAACGCGUAAUGGCCGAGCUACGCGACAAAUUGCCCGCCUACAUGCUCCCCAGUGCAAUCAUAGUGCUGGAAGAGAUGCCACUCAGCAGAAAUGGCAAGAUUGAUCGUCGUAUGCUCUGUGAUAAGAAAAUCGAUAGACAGAUGUCAUGCACGGACGCAAAGAGGCAGCCAUCAACACAAGAACAACUGGUUCUGCACCGAAUAUGGAGCCAGAUACUUGAACUCGAGGAUGCCGCUAUUGGGUUGGAGGACAACUUUUUUGAGCUCGGCGGUGACUCACUCAGUGCGAUGCGAGUUGUGUGUAGCAUCCGCAAGAUGGGAUUCGACCUGGCGGUGGAGGACAUUUUCCGCAAUCCAUUGCUACAGCAUCUUGCCAGCUGCUGUAAAGCAAAGUCACUCGGCUGCGAUGUCGAAAGUAUUCAGCCUUUUUCUCUCUUGGGUAGUGGCGUUCACGUUCCGUCUUUACUCGAGAACGUGUCAUCGCAAUGCAGCUCGAGCCCUAGCGCCAUCCAAGACGUCUAUCCAUGCACAAUGCUUCAGGAAGGCCUUUUGUCGCUAACAUCAAAACGGCCCGAGAAUUAUAUUUUACAGUACACCUUGGAAUUAUCUUCCGACAUCUGCCUUUUCAAUCUCCAGAAGGCAUGGGAAGCAACAUUUCAAACUACGGACAUCUUACGGACAAGGGUCGUGCAUCAUGCUGUUUACGGCUUGUUGCAGGUUGUCUUGGACGAGGCAAUCAAAUGGGUUGACGCAUCCAGCUUGAACGAGUAUCUUCGCUUGGAUAGGACACGACCGAUGGAAAUCGGCCAGCCACUGACCAGGGUUGCUCUUGUUAAGGAUGACUUCGGAGUUCCGAGGUGGUUCGUGUGGACAAUCCAUCAUGCGUUGUAUGAUGGCUGGUCACUCCCUCUUAUCCUAAAAACGGUCGAACAAGCAUAUCGUGGCGAGGAACUUCAGCCUCGGCAGCAGUUCAAAGCUUUCAUCAAAUAUGCCAGAGAACAAGACGAUGAAGAGGUGAUGGAAUAUUGGCGGCGUUCCUUGAGAGGCUGCAGUGAAUGCGCAAUGUUUCCGACUAUUCGUACCGACAUGGCGCAACCAUUGGCGGACAGUUUCAUGGAGCGGCAGAUGCCACGAUCGCGAAAAUGGACGUCACAGUGCCUCGGAGUCACGACAUCGAACAUGAUCCGAGCCGCAUGGGCACUGGUCACCAGUAGCAUGACAAACUCGAAUGAUAUCGUGUUCGGCUGCGUUGUGUCGGGCAGGACUGCGCCUGUUAACCGCAUCGACGACAUAAUCGCACCGACAAUUGCAACGGUACCGAUUCGUAUCAAACUGUCUAAGCACCAGACCGUUUGGGAAUACUUGAAGGAAACGCAGAGACAGUCGAUGGAAAUGAUGCCUUUCGAGCAGGCUGGAUUGCAGCGUAUUGCUCGGAUAAAUUCGGAUGGCCGUCGGGCGUGCAUGUUUCAGACGCUACUUGUGAUCCAGCCGGAGAAAAGGGAAGAUGGCUCCGACCAGCGGCACUCGUUCGGGGGGUGGAAAGACUCCCACAGGGAGUUUGGGGGCGCGUAUGCUUUGGAGAUUGAGGUGCAGAUCGAGGCGCACAGUAUUGCCGUGUCGACCAACUUUGACAGCAAAUUGAUCGAGCCGUGGAUUGUGUCAAAGCUGAUGGAGCGGCUCGGGGCCGUGCUGCACCAACUUGAAGACGCGGAGCCCCAUCUUUUGUUGGCAGAAAUCAACUUGGCCACGCAAGAGGACCUGACUGAGAUCUGGGCGCGAAACGGCACUGUGCCAGCACCGGUUGAGUGCUGUGUUGAUGAGCUAGUAAAGGAACGGACACAGAGUCAGCCCGAUGCGUUAGCCGUCUGCGCUUGGGACGGGCAGCUGACAUACGGCGAACUAGAGCGGCACGCAGCAAGGCUAGCCGCUCAUCUCGACAGCUUAGAGGGUAUUGGCAUGUUGAUACCGUUAUGUUUUGAGAAGUCGAUAUGGACAACGGUGGCAAUACUAGGUGUCCUCAAACUAGGUAAAGCUUUUGUAUUGUUGGACCCGUCUCUCCCCGAACUACGGCUCCAAGCAAUAUGCAAACAGAUCAAGGCGAGCAUUAUCCUCUCGUCAAACGUUUGCAAGGCACUCGGCUCAAAACUGGCACCACUGGUGGUUGCUGUUGGUACUGCUUUCUUCAAAGAUGAAUGCAGCAAUAUUGAACGCGAGCCAUUGGCCGCAACCUUCAGAGACCCGCAAGCUAUCCUCUACGUGGCUUUUACGUCUGGGACGACGGGUGUGCCAAAGGGAGUGGUUAUAAGCCACCAAAAUGUUGCCUCAGCCAUUCGUUACCAGUUAAAGAAAUUUGGCUUCACGACAAAAUCAAGGGUAUAUGACUUCUCAUCGUAUAGCUUCGAUGUAUCCAUCAGCAAUACUUUUGCAACACUUGCUGCGGGUGGCUGCAUAUGUGUCCCGAGUGAAUCGGACCGGAAGGAGAAUUUGAGACAGAGUAUUGUCUCCUUGAACGCCAAUGUGAUUGAUCUCACACCUUCUGUUGCCCAGCUGCUCCUCCCAGAGGAUGUUCCCAGUGUACAGACAGUCAUCUUGUCUGGUGAAGCUGUGCCAGUCCAAGCUAUCAGACCUUGGUGGGACAAGGUUCGAGUCAUCAAUGUCUAUGGGCCGGCCGAGUGUACCGCAACUAGUACGAUGAAUACCAAUGCAUCGUGUCUAGAAGAGGCCACUCGGAUAGGGAUCGGUAUCGGACAGAUAACUUGGAUUGUGCAUCCUAACGAUUGCAAUCUCUUGAUACCGACAGGAUGCGUGGGUGAGCUGCUGCUUGAAGGACCGCUUGUUGGCUUGGGCUAUUUAGAUGAUCCGGAUAGGACGGCUACAGCAUUUAUCGAGGAUCCAUCUUGGUUGCUCCAAGGCGUACCGGGUGGUGCCCCAGGUCGCCGUGGGCGACUUUAUAGAACAGGCGACCUGGUUCGGUACAACAAAGACGGCAGUCUCAGCUUCGUUGGGAGGAGAGACACACAGGUGAAAAUCCGCGGACAACGAGUAGAGCUUGGGGAAAUUGAGCACUGCCUGCGAGAAUUCUUUCCAGAAGCGACACGAGUUGUAGCAGAACUUAUUCAUCUUGGCAGCAAGAGUGCCGCUCCCACGCUGGCAUCAUUUAUUCAGAAAGACGGCGGCGGUAGCGGUAUUGAAAACGGCGGCGGUGGCGGUAUUGGAAACGGCAACCCGGACACUUUGUUAGCCACAGAGUUCUCCCCAUCUUGCUCCGUCCGAGAUUUGAUGGCUUCUUCACUGCCAACUUACAUGAUCCCAAAAGUUUUCUUUGCUAUGAGAACACUGCCUCUGACCGUUGCCGGUAAGAUAGACCGUAAGCGAUUACGUGACAUCGGCGCGGCCCUUGGCGCUAGAGAGGGUUGGGAUGCGGGAGCAACCAAUGGUGCUGGUGUCAAUGCCUUGCUCGAUCACAACAGCACAUAUAUUUCGGAGAUUGAACAGCCAGCCUAUGCACUGGCCAGAUGGAUUUUCUCGAUGAACCACGUUUCAGGCCGUGACAACAUGCUGCCCGGCCCCGGAACUGCGAGCUUCCCCGACACCCUUUUGUAUUCAUGCAGCCUCGACUCGGUCAACAUGAUGUCACUCGUGUACUUCAUUCGGCAGCAGUUUCAGGUCAAGGUGGAGAUCCAACUACUGAUGGAUAGGACCACGAGCAUAAGGCGUCUGGCUCAAGUUAUAUCCGAUUCACAGGCUGCUUCUACGUCAACCAAGCAGAUUGAAGCGCCAUGCGGACCUGUGAUAGCCCCAGUUGACCUUACCGCCGAAAUAGAUCGUAAUUACUCGAGGAUUGCGGCCGGGCAACAAGUACAGGCUGCCCAGGCAAAGUCGUCCUACAGCGUGCGCGAAACUGAAGAUGAGCGAGAGCACAACUCGGACAAGCUGGUGACUGUCUUUCUUACCGGCGGCAACGGUUUCCUCGGCACACAAAUAUUGCGCCAGCUCAUUGAGGACAGCCGAGUGGCUAGAGUCAUUGCCCUCGUGCGUGGCAAGACGGACGAUGAAGCCAGAAGACGCACCGUUGAUGCUGCAAUGAAAGCUCUUUGGUGGACCGGGUCACACCACUCGAAGCUUUGCGUCUGGGCGGGCGACCUUGGAAUUCCGCAGCUUGGACUCGAUCCAUCUCGUUGGACAGCGCUUGCCGGCGGUGCAAUUGUUGAUGUGGUGAUUCAUUGCGGUGCAACAGUGCACUGGGGGAUGAGCUACAAGGCCUUGGAAGCUGUCAAUGUCGGUUCCACGAUGGAGCUGCUCCGUCUCGCCAUUGCCGCGCCCCAUAUGGCAUUUGUCUACGUAACGGGCGGUCGAGAAUCCACGGGUGAUCAGGAGCGGGAGGAAGACGUGGUAGAGGAGCUGUCUACCUCGGAUGCACUGGGCUACAGCCAAACAAAAUUUGUAGCCGAGGCUGUGGUCAAAAGGGUGGCUCUACGUAGCUCGUGGGCACCCGUUCGGCGCAUCUCAGUCGUGAGUCCGGGUGGCAGCUUGUAUCAGCAUUGGCAUGUACAACGCCGAUGA